UUUGACUGGAUGUUUUGCGUGGAGCGAUGCACGUUUGGUUGAGCUAUGAAUGAAGGGCCAUCGUUCCGGGUGGUUCGGAGGUGGAAAACACAGUUUUUACUCUCGCUACGUGUAUUUAAAAUGAACAGCCAGGUUUUCCUGAGCGGUACUUGAAUGACCCGUUCACCACAUGCCAUCUCUCCGCCGGGAUUUUUUGGAUGCUCUCUUCCACUCCGUAGAGUUUAUUCAUCCAAGAUUCCCCAGGACCACCUAAGACCCGAUGCCUUAGUUUUGCAAUUAAUUACAGAACUCGCACACAAUUAUAUUGUGAAAUAACAUUUUUUAUGUAGAAAUUAAGCCCCGUCAUUUUACUCCCCACAAAGUUUCACCUGACAUCCGGCUGAAAAAAGGCCCAACAGAACCCUAAAGUGUGAGCUAAACGGCAACAAGAGCCACCAUGUCCUCCAUCCUUCCCUUCACACCCCCGGUCGUGAAGCGCCUCCUGGGAUGGAAGAAGACUCCCGCUGGCAGCGGAGGAGCCGGCGGCGGAAUCGGCGGAGUCGGGGAGCAGAACGGAGGAGGGCAGGAGGAGAAAUGGUGCGAGAAGGCCGUGAAAAGCCUGGUGAAGAAGCUUAAGAAGACGGGCCAGCUGGACGAGCUGGAGAAAGCCAUCAGCACGCAGAACAGCAACACAAAGUGUGUCACAAUACCCAGCAAUUGUUCAGAACUGUUGAGUCUAUGCUCAGGCCACACGAUAGAGCAGUGGGACUCUACAGGCAUGUACGGAUACCCUGACCAUAGCAGGUCACUGGAUGGCCGUCUUCAGGUUUCUCAUCGUAAAGGCCUGCCUCAUGUCAUCUACUGCCGUCUGUGGAGAUGGCCCGACCUUCACAGCCACCAUGAGCUGAGGGCCAUUGACACUUGCCAAUAUGCAUUCAACCUCAAGAAAGAUGAAGUCUGUGUCAAUCCGUAUCACUAUCAGAGGGUAGAGACGCCUGUGUUGCCUCCUGUGUUGGUGCCGCGCCACACAGAGAUUCUGACAGAGCUUCCACCUCUAGACGACUUCACAAACUCCAUUCCUGAAAACACCAACUUUCCCGCUGGCAUAGAUCCUCCCAACAACUAUAUACCAGACACUCCUCCUCCAGGCUACAUGAGUGAAGAUGGAGAGACCAGCGACCAGCAAAUGAAUCAAAGUAUGGAAUCAGGCUCACCAGCAGAAAUGUCACCAAGCGCUCUGUCACCUGUCAGUCAUGGUCUAGACCUUCAGCCUGUCACCUACAGCGAACCAGCUUUCUGGUGCUCUAUAGCUUAUUACGAGCUGAACCAGCGGGUUGGAGAGACGUUCCAUGCAUCACAGCCAUCUCUGACUGUCGACGGCUUCACCGAUCCCUCCAACUCUGAACGCUUUUGUUUAGGCCUUCUCAGCAAUGUUAACAGAAACGCCACUGUGGAGAUGACAAGGAGGCAUAUAGGUCGUGGCGUCAGGUUGUAUUACAUCGGUGGGGAGGUCUUUGCCGAGUGCCUCAGUGACAGUGCCAUCUUUGUCCAGAGCCCCAACUGUAACCAGCGAUACGGCUGGCACCCAGCUACCGUCUGCAAGAUACCGCCAGGCUGUAAUCUGAAGAUUUUUAACAACCAGGAGUUUGCAGCACUGCUGGCCCAGUCAGUCAAUCAGGGCUUUGAGGCAGUGUACCAACUAACCAGAAUGUGCACAAUCAGAAUGAGCUUUGUGAAGGGUUGGGGAGCAGAGUACAGGCGCCAGACUGUCACCAGCACACCUUGUUGGAUUGAGCUGCAUCUCAACGGCCCCCUCCAGUGGUUGGAUAAGGUGCUGACCCAGAUGGGCUCCCCGACAGUGCGCUGUUCUAGCAUGUCCUAAACGGAGGUCCACGCAAAGUCACACUGGCGUUUUUACAACGUCAGAACAGCUUGUCUUAAAGGAGACUACCAUGCAGUCUUAAAUAAUAAUGUACUAACAGCGUUUUAAAAACAAAAGCAAAGAACAAAAUGUCACACAAUGGACCAGAAGAUGGAGGAAAGGCAUCGGCAAAAGGACCUGAGUGGAAUGUUGUCUGGAGCUGAGUAUUCAUCAACCGUAUAGUUGAAAUUGACCUGCAGCAACAUCUGGGCUCUGAUCCAAGAAACCUGAAGCAGGACUGAGCCUUACUGUCCUCAGGGACGCCACAGCAGUUUCGGGGAUCAAACACGACAUCCAGUAACUUUAGAAACCGCCUGUCUAACCACUAGUUCAGCUCAACCCUUUGAUUUAGUGUGAAUAGCUCAGUUUACACAACAAUGACCAACUGCCACUCUAGCGUCACGUUUAACCAAAGUCAGACUCACUCCUUAGCACGACUUUUUCCGUCAUCCUUCCCGUUUUAUCCCAGUUGUUGAGCUCAUAGACCCGGUUAUCCUGGAGUGUGCUCUUCUGCUCUUAAAGGAGAGACUCCGUCGGUGUUCUCAUCAUCACAUGCACACAGAUAUAUGAACACACACACGCGGUUUUAGACACAAAUCUUCCUCUGCAAACUCGAUGCAAGUUUAAGCCUGUUUGUUCAUUGGAUCGUGGCGAAUGAAACUCCCAAUAUUUAAAUGUAUUUACAGCGGGAUCAGUGUUUGCUCUGCACAGCUGGAUAAAUUAAGAAAUUCUAAGGGUAAGAAGAAGAGCAUACAACAUGUCACCUCUCUGCAGCUGCAGUAAACCAGUCAAAUGUUUUUUGUUUAUUUUUUAACAAAUACUUUGCUAUCACAGUAUUUAACCCACUUUGCAUGCUCUUACUCUUUCUCUUACCAGUAGCUUCAUGUAGAGCUUCAACUUUGCUUCUUUCUGUCUGACACGCAAUAAGAGGAUUAUCUCUGAGAUUCCAAAUGUUUAAAAAGAUGCACAAGUCUAGUAUUUUGAACGGAUGCACAGUUUCAAAUUAUAACAAAUUAUCAUGAGGAAAAAGUCCCCCAAAGUGGGACUUUAAUCUAUAAAUCUAUAAAAUAGCUUCUAUACUGUAGUUGCACUGCCCCCAGAUUAUGCACCCUUAAGAAAGUUGCCUUCUUUGUCCAGUACAAUAUGCUCUGAAUUGUACAUUUAUAUCAAUAUACGUUUUUCUGCCCCCUCCCCCUCCCUCCAUUGUCACUGUAAAGAAUUAUGUUUUUAAAUCAUCUGAUGCAUUUGUUUGAUUUUUAAAUAAGAUUUUUGAUCUGAAAACCAGCAAUCUCUUUUGGUAUAUAUUUUUUUUUUUUAGAGUGUUCCAGCUUUAAGUGUUCAACAAGCUAGUUAUGCUACACAUUUAUCGUUUUUCUUUACAAAAGGUUUUAGCUACAUUUAUUUUGUACUUUUUUAUAUAUAAAUAUAUAUUUAAAUUCUUCAUUCCUGUUUUUCUUAGAUUAGAUUUUUGUUCUUUAAAGAAUACAUUUUGUUUUGAGUAGUUACAGCUUGAUGACUUGUGGUCGGUGUAUUAUAUUAUAAGCGUGUUCAAUUUCCAGAUAUUUACCAUACAACACAUGUUUAAAUGUGCACCCUUCAACUUGGAAUUGGGCGGCUUGAAUCAUCGUGAUAAGAUCUUUGUCUUUCAAUCGGCUGCUUUGAAUUUGUCUUUUUAAAAUGGUUCAUUGCAUCCUUCUUACCACCAACAAUUUCAGCAAUAAGGGUGUAACCAAAGACUUUUUUUUUUUAAACAGUCACGCAUCACCAUUCAUAGAGAGCGAAAACCACAAUAUAACCGACUUUCUACGGUGACUCGACAUCCUUUGACACCCAGAACAUUCCUGUGUGCGAUAGGCAUGGGCCAGUAUUUGAUUUCUACAUCGUGUUAACAUAAUACAGUUUCACUGAAAAAGCAUCGAUUUAAAACAAGAAUCACAGAAUCUGACCACAUUGGGGCACACUUCGUUGAACAAUUAGUAUUAAAGUUGUCAUCUGACAUUUCUAUCCAUAACUUUUAAACUUAAGCAAACUGAAUGAAAUAAACACCUAACUUUG